ACUCCCGCCGGCCUCCAGCCCGGCCCCCCCACCCCCCCAGCCAGAUUUAGCCCAGCCCCGCACGGCGGCCGCUGGAGUCGCUGCUGGCCUCUGGCGGGGUGCUCGGCCGGCGGGUCCCCCAGGAGCGCAUCCUCCUCCCGCGUGCGCACCCCGACAUCCACGCCUGCCGGGCCUUGGGAUACAUCUCCAGAUGUUGAUUUGGCCAAAACGACUUAAAGGAAAAGCUCUGCACAUGACUGGAAUUAAGAGACACAGUUAAAAGCCUUCAACCUGCCUUUCGCAAAGUCCAGAAAAGCAUUCUUUCAGACUCUAGAAUUUUUCUUUUCUUUUCUUUCUUAAAAAACAUUUGCAACCUAGACUUGCUCGAAUGCCACAUUUUCCACUUUCAAUUCUUGAUACCACCACUUAACGUGUCUGCAUUCUGUGAGAGCUGGAGGGUAGUCCAGAGGAGAGCUUUGUCCAGGAAAGCCAGCAUGGCCAGGAUGGGCACGUUGGUCACAGCUUGCCAAAUGGUGCUGAGCUUGGUGAUGACAUCACUCACAGAGUCUUCCAUCCUGACCAAUGAGUGUCCACAGCUCUGUGUGUGUGAAAUCCGCCCCUGGUUCACUCCCCAGUCCACCUACCGGGAAGCCACCACCGUUGACUGCAAUGACCUCCGCCUCACCAGGAUCCCCAACAACCUGUCCAGCGACACGCAAGUGCUCCUCUUACAGAGCAAUAACAUCGCCAAGACCGUGGAUGAGCUCCAACAGCUCUUCAACUUGACCGAGUUAGAUUUCUCCCAGAAUAACUUCACGAACAUUAAGGAGGUCGGGCUAGCCAACCUGACGCAGCUCACCACGCUCCAUCUGGAGGAAAAUCAGAUCACGGAAAUGACCGACUACUGUCUGCAAGACCUCAGCAACCUUCAAGAACUCUACAUCAAUCACAACCAGAUUAGCACUAUUUCCGCGAAUGCCUUUUCGGGCUUAAAAAACCUUUUAAGGCUCCACCUGAAUUCCAAUAAAUUGAAGGUGAUUGACAGUCGCUGGUUCGAUUCCACGCCCAACCUGGAAAUUCUCAUGAUUGGGGAGAACCCUGUCAUUGGAAUCCUGGAUAUGAACUUCAGACCCCUCUCCAAUCUGAGGAGCUUGGUCCUGGCAGGGAUGUAUCUCACUGAUAUUCCCGGAAAUGCCUUGGUGGGCUUGGAUAGCCUGGAGAGCCUGUCCUUUUAUGACAACAAGCUGGUCAAAGUCCCUCAGCUUGCCCUGGAGAAGGUUCCAAAUCUGAAGUUCUUAGACCUCAACAAAAACCCCAUUCACAAAAUACAGGAAGGAGACUUCAAAAACAUGCUCCGGCUAAAAGAGCUGGGUAUCAACAACAUGGGAGAACUCGUCUCCGUGGACCGUUAUGCCCUGGAUAACCUGCCCGAACUGACCAAGCUGGAAGCUACCAACAACCCCAAACUCUCCUACAUCCACCGCCUGGCUUUUCGAAGCGUCCCCGCCCUGGAGAGCUUGAUGCUGAACAACAACGCCUUGAACGCCGUCUACCAAAAGACGGUGGAGUCCCUCCCGAACCUGCGCGAGAUCAGCAUCCACAGCAACCCCCUGCGAUGCGACUGUGUCACUCACUGGAUCAACUCCAACAAGACCAACAUCCGCUUCAUGGAGCCCCUGUCCAUGUUCUGCGCCAUGCCCCCGGAAUUCCGCGGGCAGCAGGUGCGGGAAGUCCUGAUCCAGGACUCGGGGGAGCAGUGUCUCCCCAUGAUCUCCCACGACACGUUCCCCAACCACUUCAAUACGGAUGUGGGCACCACCGUGUUCCUGGACUGCCGAGCCAUGGCUGAGCCAGAACCCGAAAUCUACUGGGUCACCCCCAAGGGGAAUAAGAUAACGGUGGAAACGCGCUCCGACAAGUACCGGCUGAGCGGGGAGGGCACCCUGGAAAUCUCCAACAUACAGAUCGAAGAUUCGGGAAGGUACACGUGCGUGGCCCAGAACGUCCAAGGGGCGGACACACGCGUGGCCACCAUUAAAGUCAACGGGACCCUUGUGGACGGAACCCAGGUGCUGAAAAUAUACGUCAAGCAGACGGAAUCUCACUCCAUCUUGGUGUCCUGGAAGGUGAACUCCAACGUCAUGACCUCCAACUUGAAAUGGUCGUCGGCCACGAUGAAGAUCGACAACCCCCACAUCACCUACACCGCCAGGGUCCCCGUGGACGUCCACGAGUACAACCUCACGCACCUGCAGCCCGCCACGGAUUACGAAGUGUGUCUCACCGUGUCCAGCGUCCACCAGCAGACUCAGAAGUCGUGCGUAAACGUCACCACCAAACACGCCGCCUUCGCCCUGGACAUCUCCGACCAAGACACCAGCACGGCGCUCGCCGCCGUCAUGGGGUCCUUGUUUGCCGUCAUCAGCCUGGGCUCCACCGCCAUCUACGUCGCCAAAAGGUUCAAGAGGAAAAACUACCACCAUUCCCUUAAAAAGUACAUGCAAAAAACCUCUUCGGUGCCCCUGAACGAGUUGUACCCGCCGCUCAUUAACCUCUGGGAAGGGGACAGUGACAAAGACAAAGAGGCCCCCACAGACAGCAAGCCCACCCAGGUGGACACGUCCAGAAGCUACUACAUGUGGUAACGCAGCCCGUAUUCUGCUUCUGGCAGUAAGGAGCACAAAGACCUUUUUGGUUGGUUGGUUGGUUUUUUUCUUUAUUCCGCAAAAGUAACCAGUGGAAGACUUCUGUAUUUUUUUGACUUUGCUAAGUCUGUGGCAGAGUGGAGGGAGGGCAGGUGCAUAUUUCGGAGGGGUUUUUUUGGUUGUUGUUUUUUGUUUUGUUUUGUUUUUUUAAUUAGUGUAGUGUGUUGCAAGGGUUUGGACAUGGCUGGCACUGACUGUAACUUUCCAGCUUGUGGUGGGGUUUUUUUGGUUCAUUUGUUUGUUUUGUUUUGGGUAUUUUGUUUUGAUUUUUAUUCUUAUUAUGAAGAUUAUUAUUAUUAUAUUAUUAUUAUUAUAUUUUAGUUGUUGUGCUAAACUCAAUAAUGCUGUCCUAACUACAGUGCUCAAUAAAAUAAUUAACGACA